UUAUUUUCUAGAUGUCACUAAAAGCAGUGGACACGCAUACAUACACACACCGUCGUCAACGGUGGUGUGCUUACAAGAGCAAAUGACCGAAGAAGUCUUACUUGUUUUAUACAGUGUUACGAACUGUCCUCUACUUUUGGCAAUUAUGAGGCUUAAAGUCUAAAAGUUUAAGAAGAAGUGACUGAGGACAUUUCAUAAAGGUUUACCAAUAAUUUCGACAAUGGGCGUAACCCCGAGUGAUUUAAUAACUCUGAACAGUUUCAACUGGCUGAGAUUACAGCAGGUUAUAUAUUUUUCUCUCUUCUGGAUAAUAGUUUUUGGCUUAUUUGCUGUAUUUGUCUUUAUCAUAAUUUGGGGCUUUAGCAAACUGAAAGCCAAAGUUUUACCAAAUGAAACCCAGAAAUCCAAAAUUAGGUUUCGGAAGCGAGAUAAAGUUUUAUUUUAUGGGAGGAAAAUGCUGAGGAAAGUAAAAACUUUUACGAAAAACAAUGUAUUAGGUCCCAGAGGUCGAAUGAAAAAGCGGCAGCUUGUAUUGAAACUGGCAAGAAGGCUUCUUGAACACAAGAAAGAGAAUCAUCCAAAAUUGCUAGUCAAAGAACCUCCACGAUCUUUCUUGGAGGUUGAUUCUUCUGAACAGGAUGAAUCUGAUCACAGACUUCCUUCUGAUAUUUUGUAUAUGCUCAGAAGUGUUAGGGUGUUUGGACAUCUUCAAAAAGAUUUGUUUUUAGAGCUUUGCCGAGAUUUUGAACGAAAGUUUAUACCAGCAAAUAGUUAUCUGUUUCGCAUUGGUGACAAUGACGACAGUAUAUACGUAGUGGAAAGUGGCAAAAUUCAUGUCUGCUUUACCGAAAGUGAUGGAAUGGAUUAUUUAGUCAAAGAAGUACAGACUGGUGAAAGCAUUCACAGUCUCCUCAGUAUUGUUGAUGUGCUAACGGGUCACCCGUCACCAUUCAAAACAGUAUCUGCUAAGGCUGUUGAAAAUACACAUGUUCUCAGAUUACCUGUACAGGCGUUUCAGUCUGUAUUUGAAACCUACCCAGACUCUUUAGUCCGUGUUGUACAAAUUAUAAUGGUUCGGUUGCAGAGAGUUACAUUCUUGGCUUUACAUAAAUACCUUGGUCUCUGCACUGAACUUAUUAACCCGUUGGUGUCUCAAGACGAAAAUGUGAAAAACUUGAAUAUCUAUUCCUUGCUCAAUAACAGCCAUGGAAGUCCUCAGAGAUCCAUAAGCUUAAAAGACCACCAAUCCACACCAUUAUUAAACUUGCCAUGUCAGGAUGUAACUUCAUCUUUAGAAUCAGAGACAAUUGAUUAUUCAUCUGAGAAAUCUUCUGGAUAUGCACCUAAAGAGAAUUAUUUACAAAGAUCAACUUCAAUGUGCAGUUCUGUAUCAGCUACCAGUGAUUCUAUUUCUGUUGAAUUUGAUCCUAUAUUUGGUCGAUCACAAACCUCAUUCCAAAGAAAUGUUGCUGGGGGGCUUGCACCCGUACAACUGAGUGAUGAUGAAUUAGCAAGGCAAAGAAUGAAUAUCAAGAGACAUGCAUCACUUCCAAUGGGAUAUUCACUUUCUGCAGGACGAACAUUAAUGGAUGUGAAAAAACUUGAACUGAUUCAAGUGGAUUUGAGUAAUCUUUUCAAACUAAAGGAUCCAAGUUUAUUGGAUGAUAAAAUGACCCUCAAACAAUUUAAAGCUGGAACCAUCUUGCAGAAACAAGGCGAUCAAGAUUGUAACUUGUUUUUUGUUGUGUCUGGUACAUUAAAUGUCUCUCAGAAUUUGGUAGGACAUGAAGAAAAAGAGACAUUGCUGUUUAGUGCAGGUCUUGGUCGUCUUGUUGGUGCAUUAGCUGUGUUAACUGGAGAACCAUCUAUGUUUACUGUACGAUCAAAGACGGAGUCAGAAGUAGUACUCAUAUCCAAAGCAGAUUUUUACUCAAUAAUGAAAAAGCAACCUUCCAUAGUACUUCAAGCAGCCCAUACUAUUGUCAAGAGAAUGUCUGCCUUUGUGAGGCAAAUUGAUUUUGCUUUGGAUUGGACAAUGCUAGAAGCUGGUAAAGCUUUGUUCAGGCAAGAUGACCCGUGCAACUCGAUCUAUAUCAUCCUGACUGGGCGUUUACGAUCAAUCAUUACUACUCCAAAUGAUAAGAAAGAACUGGUUGGAGAAUAUGGCCGUGGAGACCUUGUUGGCAUUGUAGAAGCAUUAACCCAGACCCAACGAGCUACAACAUUGAUGGCUGUGAGAGAUACUGAACUUGCUGAUAUACCAGCAGAAUUAUUAAAUCACAUUAAAAGAAAAUACCCACAGAUUGUUGCUCGUCUCAUUCAUUUGUUGGGGCAGAGACUGCUUGGUAGUCUUCAAAGCAGAUCAGCCCCACUGAGUAUAGAGAACCGGCUCUUAGUUUCAAACCUUUCAACUGUUGCUGUUGUCCCUGUCUCACGUGAUGUACCUCUUACUAAUUUUGUCCUGGAACUACAACAUGCUCUCAAUGCAAUAGGUCCAACUGCUCGGAUCACUAGUGAGAUAGUCAGUGCAAGAAUUGGUAGUUCUGGAUUUAACAGUUUGAAUGACUUCCGUUUGUUCAGCUGGCUUGGACAACAUGAAGAUAUUAAUCGAAUGGUUUUAUACCAAUGUGAUAAUACAAUGACACGAUGGACUAAGCAUUUUGUGAGGCAAGCUGAUUGUAUCCUAAUUGUUGGUGUUGCCACAAAUGACCCCACAUCAUUGGGUGAAGUUGAAACACAGUUGGAAAACAUAGCUGUUCGAGCUCAAAAAGAAUUAAUUUUGCUACAUAAAGAAGGUACUGAUACACCUCGCAGAACAGCUGAUUGGUUAAAUGCACGUGGUUGGUGCUCCUCGCAUCAUCAUAUUCGUUGUCCCAAGAGAGUGUUCAGUAAGAAAAAUAAAGAAAAAACAUUAGAAACAUAUAAGAAACUAUUUGAAUCAGAGCCAGACCGUAUGUCUGAUUUUGCCAGACUAGCACGGUUCCUCACUGGUACAUCAAUAGGUUUGGUGCUUGGAGGAGGUGGUGCUCGUGGGAUAUCUCAUAUGGGGAUGAUCCGAGCCAUGGCAGAAUCUGGAAUACCUAUUGAUAUUGUAGGAGGUACGAGCAUUGGUUCCAUAAUGGGUGCCAUUUGGGCUGAAUCUCAAGAUGUUACCAGAUCAGUACAGAGAGCACGCGAAUGGUCUAAUGAAAUGACUUCGUUAUGGAAGAAAGUUCUUGAUCUUACCUAUCCUGUUACGUCCAUGUUCACAGGAUGUGCCUUUAAUAAAAGUUUGGAAAAUGUAUUUAAAGAUCGUCAAAUUGAAGAUCUUUGGAUACCCUACUUUUGUGUCACCACUGACAUUUGCUCUUCUUCAAUGAGAGUACAUACCACAGGUUCUCUUUGGCGCUAUGUUCGAGCCAGUAUGUCUUUAUCUGGAUACCUUCCACCUCUUUGUGAUCCAAUUGAUGGCCAUCUAUUAUUAGAUGGUGGAUAUGUUAAUAACCUUCCAGCUGAUGUGAUGCGUGCUAAAGGUGCUCAAACAAUAUUUGCUGUUGAUGUAGGCAGUCAAACUGAAGAUGAACUCACAAAUUAUGGGGAUGAACUCUCAGGUUGGUGGCUUCUCUGGAACCGCUGGAAUCCAUGGGCAAAAAAUGUGAAGGUACCAGACAUGAAUGAAAUCCAGUCUCGGCUAGCAUAUGUAUCGUGUGUGAGACAACUUGAAAUGGUGAAAAAUAGUGACUACUGUGAAUAUGUGAGACCACCAAUCGACAAAUUCAAAACAUUACAAUUCGGAAGCUUUGAUGAAAUAUAUGAAGUUGGUUACCAUCAUGCUAAAACACUGUUCAGUGGCUGGAUCAAAGGAGGAAUUUUAGAAGAUCUUUUCAAGGAAAAAUCAGAAGAAAGAAAGUUCAAAAAGAAAGCAUCGCCAUUAUUUCCAUCAAUGCCUACUGUGGCUAAUUUCACUGAUCUUGCUGAAUUGGUCAGCAAGAUAGAAGAUCAUGCUGUUAACUAUAGUUCUGAGAGUGAAGAGGAAGUAAUUCAUGAAGAAGAGUUUGAUGAUAGGCACAAUUCUCCUGGCUCAACCUCAUCAGAAGCUGAACCUUUACCUGAAGAAGAAUUAGUGACAAAACCAAAUAAUCCAGUAAGGCAAAGAACUUCACAUACAAAGAAAAAGUCUUCCACUUAACAUGCUACCCAAUUUCCAAUGAAGUGAUCAGAAAAAAAAAGCAAAUACAAAAAAACAAAACAAAACAAAACAAACAAACAAAAACAGCCUGAUGUUUGA